AUGAUCCAUGCUAGUGGAGACAAUGUCCCCAGGCCCUUCUGUCUCGCUCCCUGCAUAAGCACGUCUGUACCUGCACCUCUUCAAAGCCCCCAAAGGCCACACGCGCGGGCCCGUUUGAUGAUGGAAGGUGAAGGAACAGCAACAACAUCAACCACGCAUACAACACACAAAAAGGCACACAAACAAACACAUGUGGAGGGACAAUCACGACAGUUUCUCACGGCGCAGAAACUGAAAAUAACGGGGACGAAAGUAUGGGCGUGUGAUCGAUGUUAUCGUCUAAAGAACAAGUGUGAUUCAGGGAGACCCACUUGUUCUGUCUGUGCAAAAGGAAAUCAUGAGUGUACAUAUGGGCAGAGGAGUAAAGGGAAAGGAGUAGGUAGGAGGUCACGGGCUGGGUCUUUGACGGAACCUGCUGAUGGCAAUCCGUACACCCAAAUGCUACAAACCAGGCUGUAUGAACUGGAGGAAAAGGCGCGAAGUAUGAGUGUACCUAAUGACGAUCCACGAGUACCAGAUCCUCGAAAUCAAGACCCGCGAGUGCAGGACCUGGAGGCGAGAACAAGUCAAAUGACCGUGUCGGACCCAGACCCAACGACAGAUCCUGCAUAUGCCGUUUUAUCACCCAUAGCCGCAGAAGGAGCGAUGGUGGAAGGUGCAUUUUCUGCGUACGAUCUUGGCGCCGAUUCACAUGCUCCAGUCGACUAUCUAUUCCAACCCAUUAUCCCCAGCAAUAUGUACUCCACAUUACCGUCUGACCAAACCCUCUUCUCCGAUGAUGUACUGAAAUAUCUGGUUCACACGUUCUUCCUCGACAUUGUACCAACAUGGUUUCCCAAUCCCAUUCAUCAAGCAACCUUCAUGGCAAGGUGGCCCAAUCAUCCACCAUUAUUGAUCUAUAGCAUGUGUGCAGCUGCCGCGAGACGAUCUGAUCAUCCUGUGACGAGGGCGUACGUUGCAUCAAGGAAUGUACCGCUGUAUUUGGGAGGCGAACCAUAUUUUUGGAAAGCUAGGGAGAUUAUAAAUUCUUUCGUGGGGGAGCCAGAUUUUGAGACCGUUUUGGCGCUUGUGACUCUCGGGCUGGCAAUGUCAGGGAUGGGAAACCUUGAUGCCUCGGUUCCUCUCAUGUCAAUGGCGAUCCAGACAGCCCUUUCCCUGCGACUUGACGUCGACCCUGACGUGGAGGAAGUACAUGGACAGCUGACAUGGCUCCAAAAAGAAUCGCGUCGACGAUUAUGGUGGACUCUAUGCAUGUACGACCGGCAACCUAAACCGGGUCUUGAGUCUCCCGACGAGCAACGCAUUCCACCAAUGAUUAAUGAUCAAGCCCGUCCUUCCGUCGAUCAGUUCACGUUUUUCGGUACCUCGAGUCGCACUGUUCAAGUUCCUGCUCCAGAACCACUGUGGCUGUCUGUAGCGGAUCCCGACGGUCUUCCCGUUCUCGAAGCUUUUGUUCCAGGUCUCGACAUUGACUUUAUUGAUCUGUCGGGUCGCCUCGCACGCGUUUUUUACAAAAUCCAAUCAUUGUAUGAUUCAAUGCAUGGUUCGCAAGUCACCUCACCUGAUUCCCUUCUACCUUCCCCCAUCUCGUUGGUCGAAUCCGAGUCUCUGCUAGUGAUUGAAUUGACCGCGAUCAUGGGCGCCCUCCCCGCAUGGGCCCGUACUAUUGAUACCUACAAUGAAUUCUCCCCACACAUAACUUCCCGUCCUCCAUUACCGCCGUACCACCUCUUAACCCACCACAUCAUCCACCACGCGCUUCACGUGUGCUUGCGCCUCCCAACCGUUCUCGCUGCAGCCGAUAGCCUCAAAUACAAAACCAACCUGACACCACACAUCCUCGCUAGCUAUAAUCACUGUCGCUACCAUGCCUCAAGAGUUGCAUACCUCCUCCGAAAAAUUGUGGCGGUGAACCCUACAGCCAGGUGGAUUGACUGGUACACGCUUUACUUGGCCUUCAGAUCAGCGUUGGUUCUCGUCGUGGCACUUAAUGCUGAAACGGAUACAGAGGAGUUGGUGAGAGCUAGGAAAGAUUUGGAAAUUCAUUUGGAGAUUAUGAGGAGUGUUGGGCGACACAUGUGGUUUGGGAAUUAUAUGACCAAGAUGUUUGAAUCCAUUAUUAUGGAAGCUUGA